CUCUCCGCCAUCCUCAGUUGCGGUGAAACGCCACUCCGAUCCCUCUUCCUCAAAGCUUCUUUUCUCCUCAUUCUUCAAUUCGCAAAUCUCCAAAAGCAGAAAAAAACAAUUCCCGACGAAGCUCCCAAAUUAGCAGCUUCAACUCACUCUCAAAUCGGAGCCACCAUGGCCACAAUUUCGAUCCAAAACGACUCGACUCACCAAGCUCAGAAACCCGUGCAGGAAAAUGCCUUAAAAAGGCUUGGCAUCGGAAAGAGAGAAUGGGAAGAAUUAGGAUUUGACAAAGCUCUAGGAUGCUCUAAGAUAAAUUGCUUUGAGGCAAUUAGUCUGAGUUUUCCGUCGAAGAUUUCUGAAUUGUGA